AUGAUUCAGAAUCAGAUAGUGCCUCAACCAGCUAUGCUAACCUAUAUAGUUCUCGUUGUAACACAACUGAAGUGGGCGUGGGAUUAUCUUCUUUAUCAAUCUUUCUUUGUUCAGUCUCCCGGAAUCAGAUUGCCGGAGUAUGCUGAUGAUCUUAGUGUUAUGUGCUACGAAAAUAACUCAAACUCUGGAGAUUCAGUAGAAUGUGCUGUUUGUUUAUGCAAGAUUGAGGUAGGAGAUGAAAUCAGAGAACUUAGAUGUGAUCAUUUGUUUCACAGAGUUUGUUUGGAUAGGUGGCUUGGUUAUGGGCACAUGACGUGCCCUCUUUGCCGGGAAAAUUUAAGGCUGCCGCCACUCCAUCAGGAACUGAUUGCUAUUAACUUCUGCGCUGCCACUUCUAGGGAUCGCU